AUGUCGAGUCAAGCGAUACCCGGAACGACCGCCUCAUCGACCACCAAACGAAAAGUGCUCUCUCUAAAAGUGAAACGUGCCAUUUUGGAUGAAGUUUGGCAGAAAAUUAAGAAGAACGACAUUGCGCGGAAGUACGGCAUAGCACAGUCGACUUUGGCGACAAUCAUAAAAAAUGCAAGCAAAAUUGAUGCCGUCUUGGACGACGACGUUGGCAGCGGUGAACGGAAGCAGAUCCGUGCUGCCACUUACGGAGAUGUCGAAGCGGCGCUCUACAAAUGGUUUGUAGAUGCUCGUGCCAAGAACGUCCCGCUCAAUGGGCCGAUCCUGCUAGCGCAGGCCAAACGUCUGGGCUUUGCUCUCGGCCACGAGAACUUCAAUCCAGGCAAAGGAUGGUUGCAGCAAUUGGACCGCGAUGAGAUCACAUGCAAGAGCAUUGUCGGUGAAGCUGCAUCCUUUGACGAGGACGGUCUCCAGCGUUGGAUGGUGAAGCAGAGGAGCCGCAUUCUUGAGACAUACACCGAAAGAGAUAUUUACAAUGAAACAGCCCGGCGGGACAUGAAGUCCGAGACCAUUCUUCACUGCUUCGAGAAAGCAGGCUUUUCGCGGGGAAGAAGCGCUGCCGAAGAAAUAACAGCAGAAGCAGACAUCGAUGCUGCUGCAGCGGAUGGUGCCGCGGCACUGACGAGCUUGGGGCAGCUGUGGGAGGCCGCGGGCAAUGCAAGCCUUGUCCCAAGCGGGUUGGAUUAUCUGGACUUUGCCCUGGCGGAUCAAGACCUCGUCGCAACGGAGGAGCUGCACCACCGAUGA